AAAACAAUGGCCAAAUCGUUGAGAUCGAAGAGAGAGAAGAGACUGAGGGCGGUAAGAAGAGAUCUCGUUGAGCCCAUUUACGACAAGAAAGAUGCCGCCAAGCUCGCCGCCCAGGAGGCCGCCCUCGCCGCCCCCAAGCUGCCGGUCAGGCCCUUUCCAUCCGCCAACAUGGACGUCGUCUCAACAUCAGUAACUAAUUCCGAUGGAUUAGAUGUGGAGAUGGUUGAUGGCAAUGAGAGCUCAAAAAUCUUGAAGCCUAUUGGGAAGAAGCUGAAGAAGAAGAUCAAAUUGGCCAAAAGGAAGCAUCACGGCAAAGGCAAGAUCAGGAAGAAGCACAAUGUAUAAGUCAUCCACGAAUAUGAUUUUUUUUUUCUUUUUUUUUUU